AUGUCGGACGGCAUGGACGCGUUCAUGCCGCCGCACCGCGCGAAUCAAUCGUCAUCGUCAACGACAUCGUCUUCGACGGCGACGGCGACGAUGACGAGCGGAAGCGAAGACCUGGAUCCCGUCGUCGCGCGAUCUCGCGAGGUGCUCGAGAUGGCCACGGUCGGGGACUUGCUGCGCGUCACCGCGGAAGCGGCGGAUGGGAGCGGACGCGAUCGCGCGGAUGAAGACGAGACGCGAGACGCGCUGCGGUGGUUCGUCGUGAAGCGAGUGGGGAUGAGCACGGGUGGACGACAGCUCGUCGAGGGUGAGUUAGAGGGGAAGAAGGCGCAGAUAUUGGAUCAGGGCGGGGCGAAUCAGGCGCGGAUUGGGAUCUCGGGAGCGUUGCUGGACGAGCGAACGCCGCUGACGAGGCUGAAAAACGUGCGAGACGCGGACAAGUUUAAACGCGCGAUUAAGUCGUACGAGCGACGGGUCGAACGGGAAAGCGAUGCUUUAACGCUGGUUUCGAGCGUGGAUAAGGCGCUGACGUUGAAUGGGUUAGAACAAGCGGUGAAGAAGAACCCGCGCUUUUGGACGGAGGGCGACGGCGCGCACUCGAGGCGAGUCAUCAAGGACCCCACGGAGAGCGCGACGAAGAUGACGGGGGAACUCUUGGCGCUGAAACACGGUCACCGAGAUGUGGUGUUGAUGCAAAUCGUGUGCGACUGGACGGAUGCGCUCGAAGAUAGCGUUCGCGCCCCGUUCGCAGCGGCGACGCUUGAGGACAUGUUGACGCAGGAUGCGUCUAUUUCAAUGAGACUUUCAGAAGCGAGGUAUCAAGUGGGAGAGGAUAAAGAUGGUAACCCCGAGUUCUCCAACGGCAUCACAGCGGUAAUUUAUCGCGAGACCGCCAAGGAAACCGCGAACGUGCUCGUCUCCAUGGGCGUUCAGGCGACGCGAAACAUCGCAGGAGCGUUUCAGCAAGCCUUGGUCGGCGUCGCGCUCGGCUACACCGAUGAAAAUAUCGCGCACCACAUUCGCCGACUUCACAACGAAGACAAGUUGACGGAUGAAGAUAUAUUUGCUUUGAUUAUCACCGCGAGGGAUGAAAAGGAAGCACUGAACGCAAAGUAG